AUGAAGGUCGCUGCCGUCCUUGUACUCUGCAUGACCCUGCUCUGUCAGGGAUACAGCAACAGCCUGGACUCAUGUCGGAAUCGCUGUGGUUAUGGAACAGACAGCGGCUACUCCUGCCAGUGCAACACGGCCUGUGAGCGCUACGGAGACUGUUGUUCAGACUACGUUGCAGAAUGUAAAGAUUCAGCCUUCUCCUGUAAAGGCAGGUGUAAUGAGAACUACAACUCUCAGAACGAGUGCCACUGCAACUCCAAGUGUCCCCAAUACAACAACUGCUGCAGCGACUACUACGACCUCUGUGACAGUAAGACUGACCAUGAGGUCAGAGGUGGCGGUGGUUCGAUCACCGAUUCUGAGAUCAAGUCUCUCUCUGAGGCUCUUUACGCUCUGGACUCAAACAAGGCUACGUCCUCACAGCUGACCAUCAACCCUCAGGCUCUGGUGUCCGACUCUGAGACCAGCUCAAAAAGAGAUCUCUCUUCUAAGCCCUUGUUCAGCUACCUGGACGAGGGCACCCUCUUCUCCAGACCCACCUAUGCUGCUCUGCUGGCCGUGCUGGACAACUACCACAGGAUGACUGGGACGACGGAGGACUUCAGCUCUCAGCAGCUGACUGAGCAGGACACAUUCAUCAAAGAGACUAUGUCCAUGACCGAGGUGGGGAGAGAGCUGUUUGCUUUCCUCUUCACUAAAGGGGUUUAUGCAUCAGAGGCAGAGUUCCUUCAGGAUCUGAAGAUGAUGUGGUUCGGUCUGUACUCCCGCUACAACGGCAAAUUGGACUCCAGCGGCUUUGAACACAUCUUUGCAGGAGAGAUCAAGGGAGGAAAGGUGUCUGGCUUCCACAACUGGAUCCAGUUUUAUCUUCUUGAGAAACGGGGACUUCUGAACUACUACAGCCACAGCUUCAACGGGCCUUGGACUUCAUAUCCUGAUGUCAUGGGGAUGCAGUUCAUGUGGGACGGCUACUACAAGCAGGUCGGCUCUGCAGUCAUUGGCUGCAGCCCUGAAUUCGACUUUGCCAUCUACAGCCUGUGCUACAUCGCCCGGCCUGGAAAACAAUGUCGUCUGAGCGUGGGAGGGAAUGAGCUCAUUAUCCAGACUUACACAUGGGAUAAUUCUUCCUAUGGUAACGGGAAGAAGUACAUCGCCUCAGCCUUUCCUUCAUCCCCCUGA